AUGUCAGUCCAAGACGUACUUUCUAGAAAGAGCGGUGUCAUCUACGGUGAUGAUGUUCGUCAAUUGUUCCUUUAUGCUCAAAAGAAGGGAUUUGCAAUUCCUGCCAUUAACGUGACUUCCUCCUCCACUGUUGUCGCUGCUUUGGAAGCUGCUCGUGAUAACAAGUCACCAAUUAUCUUGCAAACUUCGCAAGGUGGUGCUGCUUUCUUUGCUGGUAAGGGAGUAGACAACAAGAACCAGGAAGCUUCAAUUGCUGGUGCCGUGGCUGCUGCUCACUAUAUUAGAUCAAUUGCUCCAACCUACGGUGUUCCCGUGGUUUUGCACACCGAUCACUGUGCCAAGAAAUUGUUGCCAUGGUUCGAUGGAAUGUUGGAUGCCGAUGAGGAAUUCUUCAAGAAGACUGGUGAGCCAUUGUUCUCGUCGCACAUGUUGGACUUGUCUGAAGAAUCUGACGAGGAGAACAUUGGUACUUGCGUGAAAUACUUUGAGCGUAUGCACAAAAUGGGCCAAUUCUUGGAGAUGGAAAUCGGUAUUACCGGUGGUGAAGAAGAUGGUGUCAACAACGAACACGUACAAAAGGAAUCGUUGUACACCUUGCCAGAAACCGUAUACAAGGUUUACGAGGCCCUUUCCCCAAUUGGUCCAAACUUUUCCAUUGCCGCUGCUUUCGGUAACGUGCACGGUGUCUACAAGCCUGGUAAUGUGCAAUUGAAGCCAGAAAUCUUGGGUGAGCACCAAAAGUACGCUAAGGAACAAUCUGGCUCCAAGAACGACAAGCCAUUGUUUUUGGUUUUCCAUGGUGGAUCCGGUUCGUCGCAAACAGGAAUUCGACACCGCCAUCACCCACGGUGUGGUCAAGGUCAACUUGGACACUGA